GCCGGUGGCGUCAUCAGGCCGCGGCCAUGGCGGCGGCCGUGGGGCCGGAGGCGGCGGCCGAGGGAUGGCGGCGGCUGCUCCGCGCCGUGACCCGCCUGCAGGCGUGUGUCCGCGGGUUCCUGGUGCGGAGGCGGCUCCGGGCCGUGCGGGCAGCCUACGAGCGGCUGGUGCGGGAGAUCGAGGGAGACUCGAGCUGCCUGGAGUGGAGGGGCCGCAUCCUGCCCCGGCCCGUCUUCGUCCCCGAGAAGCCCACGCCAGGGGAGUGCCCCUGUCCACGGGAAACUGCACCGAGGGAUGAGGCCGGUGCAGGAAAACCCCAGGAGGAGCUGGACACGUGUGCAGCGGAGCGGGACUGGGGCUGCAGCAGUGUGGGAGCUCCAGCUGGGGUGGACAAGCCGAGCUGGGCGGCUGGAGGCGAUGCAGCGAGCCCCCCGAAUGCUGAUCGACACCCUGAGAAGGGAGGCAGUGCCCUGGCAGAGGGAAUUCCACCUGAGGACAUGGAGGAGCUUCCUGGAACUCAGGCUGCUCUGCAGUCCUACAGAAACCACUUGCUCAUGGAGAUGCUCUGGUUACAACAGGCUAUUGAGAGCCGUAAAAAAUACUUGAUGCUGAAACGGAGGCUGGAGGCUCCUGAUGCAUAGAGGGGCACUCCUGAGCACAAGAGGCACCUGUGUGGGCCUGGAGCUGCAGCAGCACCAGUCAGGAUGUGACCUGAAGGACAGCAGCAGCUCAGGGGAGCUCCUGCUCUGUGGGGCGGCGUUUCCCACUGUGGUAAAUGUGGCAAGAAAGCCUUUUAUUUCUUUUGAACUGGAGUAUUUGGUCAAGACAAUAUUUUCCCUCUGUGGUCUAUCUGGUAUUUUGGACUGAUAAUUUCAAUGAGAAUAAACCCUCCCUUCCCUCUCCAGGGACAAACUGC